AGUGGCAACCGAGCGAGUUGUCGGGUGCCAUGUUUGGUUAGGCGGCUGAUUUAUCCGCAUUUGCUUUAGUCAAGAACUUGUCCCGGGUGAGAGACUUCGCUGCGCAGUCAGACUGCGUGACUGCGCGUGCAUGAUUCUGAGCGAAUUCGCCCGAGCACUUCGCCGAGUUCGUGACAGGAGGCGCUAUAAGUCGCACGGCAUUAAAGAUGAAAGAAUGCUAGGUAGUGCUAUGGAGAAAAUUACGCCUUGCCAUCGUAAUGAACUGCGUUGAACAUUGGUUCAUUACUGAUCCUGCAGUAACUCUUUGCAAGUCAAUCUCUCAAGUUGAUCAUUUGCUAUCAACUAAUAUCCCCUGGAGUCAAUUAGUCACUCCUGUCGCUUUUGUUUUUGUAUGAAGUUGUGAUAAACAGUAUUUUGCGGAUCUCAGAUAUUUUCACACAGCGUUGUUGCACAUUUGAUUGAUGGGAAAUGGAGGAAACUGAAGAAAAACAGUCUGAAAGAUUGACAGUUGAACAUGAGCCACGGCUUCCAGAGGAAUCAAAGGAGCAGUGGAGGAAGAGGAUUCUAAUGCAGGUAUUGAUGGUUCUUGGGGCAAGCUUUGGACAUUUGGGAUUGGCUGUUGUAGCAGCUUGGCCAAACCCAGCAAUCCCUGAACUUCAGAAGAACAACACUAAUAUCUAUGGAAAUUAUAUGUCCCUGAAUUCAUGGCAGCUGGACAUGCUUGGGAGCCUUGUUUCUCUUGGGAACCUUCCUGGGACUUGGUUAUGGGGAUGGCUGGUUGCAAAAAUAGGCAGAAGAAAAUCCAUGAUGCUUUUAAUUUUUCCAUACACACUUGGAUGGGGGCUGGUAGCCUUUGCUCCAAAUGCACCAGUGUUACUGGCUGGAAGAUUUUUUCACGGAAUUUCCAUUGGAGCCACCUUCGUAUCUGCAAGCACCUACAUAAUUGAAUUGCCUGACACCUCAGUUCGUGGUGCCAUGGCAGCUAUCCCCAACUUAGUUUUGAGCUGUGGAUUUAUCCUGGCCACAGGACUGGGUUUAGGCUUUCGAUGGUUUGAAAUAGCCUUCAUGGGGGAGUUUAUUAUAGUUCUGCAGGUGAUGGCAUUACUGAAGUUACCAGAAAGUCCUUCCUACCUGGCCAUUAAAGAUAAAGAAGACAAGGCUCGAGUAAUUCUGAGAAAGCUUCGUGGCCCAAGUGCUGAUAUAUCCCAAGAACUUCAAGAUCUCAAAAAUCAAAACCAAGACAAAAUUGAAGGUUCACUCUUUAAAGUCCUGCAGGAGACUGACAUUCUAAAAUCCUUGGGUAUUAUUGUAGUCUUAUUUUUUGUUCAGAAUUUCUGUGGCUUGAUGGUGUUCAUUGUGAACAUGACCCGUAUCUUUUUGGAAGCAGGAUCCACCUUAGAUGAAAAAACGUCUUCCAUCCUAGUCUUCUCUGUACAAGCAGCUGGAAAUCUCCUUGCCUGUUUGUACUUGGAUCGCUUUGGUCGCAAAUUAUGCUUAAUUGCUUCACUUGCUGUCAUGACAAUGUGUCUUAUAGUAAUGGCUGUGUACCAUCACUUGAAGGAUUACAGAGAGGUUAUGGAUGUUGUGGCAUUUAAUGGAACAGAUUUUGCUACAGCUGGAACUAUUACUGAAAGAACAGGUGCAAUGCCAACUUGGGUACCUCUAGUUUGCCUAAUGGUGUACAUGUUCACUUCAAGUGUUGGGGCUGGUCCAGUCCCAGGACUUCUUAACUCAGAGUAUUUCCCCACUGCUGUUCGUUCUCAGCUUUCUGGCAUCUGCAUGGUGAUAGGAAGCUUCUUCAACUUUGCAACGUUGCAGUUAUUUUCACCCCUUCAAGAAGCCCUCACUACUGCUGGCAUCUACUGGUUCUAUGCAUUUGUCUCUGCCGGUGGGAUCGUCUUCACGCUUGCUUGUGUCAAGGAGACAAAAGGACGCUCAGUUGGAUAAAGAGGAUUUUCUCUAUUCAUAAACUCUCACGACUAUUGAACUACCAUAAGGAAGGAUGGAUGAGCUACCAUUUAUAUGUUGAUAUUUGUAUACGGCUACUGUCAGCUAGGAUAUUAUUCCAAGAUAUGGCUCUUAAUAAUGAUGGCAGUUUAUUUCCUAAUGUUUUUUGCAUAUAUGUUUACUGUACUAUUGUGAUAUAUAUUAGUACUAGAGUCUAGACUAUGUGACUUUAACAGUGAAGGAAAUCUGUGAUAAAAUAGGAAUAACUUUGCGUGACUUGUCUGUUAUGCCUCAGAAAACUGCAGGGGAAAGUUAAAAUGAAGUUUGCUGUUUGCCAUUUCAUUUAAGUGAGGCCUCAAGAGUAAAGCAAGCCACCAUAAAAAAAUAAUUUUAAUUCAUUAUUUGUUUAUUGUGUAUGUAUUUUUUUGUAUUUCUUACUGUACAUAUGAUUAUAAAACGUUUGGAAUUAUAAUAUGGAAACACUCGUACAUAUGUAUGAAUAAGUAUGUUGGUCAUUUUGCAUCCAUAUCUGAAAUUUGUUCACCUGAAUAGGUUAUUAACCCAACCUUAUGAAACUAGUAACCAUUAUACUAUUAUAUUGGAGUUUGCUAUUUUGUUACCAUAAUCAUUUUAUUGGAAUUCAUCAUUUUGAAACCUAGACCAUUCUUCAUUAUUUCAAUACAAGAAGAUUUUCUUGGAUUUUUUUUUAAACCAAAACCAUAUUCUUGGAAUUCACUAUUCUGAAACAAAGACCAUAUUCCUAGAGCUCAUUAUUUUUAAAUAAUUAUUUUGUAACAGAAAGUAUACUUCUGAGUAAAGUUUGUAGCAAA